AUGCACGAAGGCGGCAUCAUGGCCCAGCCUCAGGCUGACGUCGACGCCGACGCCACCCUCGAGAAGUUGGGUGUCAAGCAGGAGUUGCACAGAAAUUUCUCCAAAAUUUCCAUGCUCGGCCUCGCCUUUGCCAUCCUCAACAGCUGGACUGCCUUGGCCGCUUCGCUGUCUCUGGCUCUCCCCUCUGGAGGACCCUCGGCUAUCCUCUGGGGACUCAUCGUCGCUGGGCUCUGCAACCUGUGCCUUGCUGCUUCGCUUGCUGAGUUUCUCUCAGCCUGGCCCACUGCCGGCGGCCAAUAUCACUGGGUUGCUAUCAUCUCAUGGAAGCGAUUCAGCAGGGCCAUCUCGUACUCGACAGGCUGGAUCAACACCGCAGCCUGGGUGUGUCUGACUGCCACCGGUGGCCUCCUGGGCAGCCAGCUCAUCCUCGGCAUUAUCUCCCUCAUGAAUCCCACCUACGAGCCCGCAAGCUGGCACCAGUUCCUGAUAUACAUUGGUUACACUCUCGCUGCCUUCUUCCUCAACGCUUUCGCCAACCGUCUGUUGCCGUACUUUAACAAGGCCGCCUUCCUGUGGUCACUUGCUGGUUUCACAAUCAUCUGCAUCACCGUCCUCGCCUGCGCUACUCCUAACUACCAGAAGGCGUCAUUCGUGUUUGGCGGCUUUAUAAACGAGGUUGCCUGGCCGGACGGGCUGUCGUGGAUGCUUGGUCUGCUGCAAGGCGCAUUUGCUCUGACCGGUUUCGAUGCGACCAUUCACAUGAUCGAGGAAAUCCCACGUCCUCAGAUCGAAGGUCCUAAGAUCAUGAUAUACGCCAUUUGCAUUGGCAUGUUCACCGGUUUUAUUUUCUUGACCUGUCUCCUGUUUGUACUCAAGGAUGUCGAUGCCGUGAUCGAGUCCGCGGCAGGUCCUCUCUUGCAGAUUCUCUUUGACGCAACCGACAACAAGGCCGGCGCGAUCUGCCUGCUGAUCUUCCCUGUCGUCUGCAUGCUUUUCACGACAACUUCCAUCAUGACGACAAGCUCUCGUAUGAGCUACGCGUUCGCCCGCGACCGUGGACUGCCUGCCAGCCGGAUCUUUGCCAAGGUCCACAAAGGACUCGACGUGCCCCUCAACGCCUUGAUUUGGACCACUGUCUGGGUCAUCAUCUUCGGCUGCGUCUUCUUGGGCUCUUCGAGUGCCUUCAAUGCAAUUACUGCCGCCAGUGUCGUCGCUCUGGGCGUCACAUAUGCCAUCCCACCAGCGAUCAAUGUCAUGCGUGGCCGCAAAAUGUUGCCGGAGACACGAGCCUUCAAGAUGCCCGAGUGGCUGGGCUGGUUGACCAACCUUGUCGGUAUCGCUUGGACGCUCCUGACGACUGUCCUCUUUGUUUUCCCUCCUGAGCAACCAGUUACCGGGACAAACAUGAACUACGCCAUCGUUGCUUUCGGCGUUGUUCUUAUUAUCGCCGUUGUCCAGUGGUUGAUUGAUGGCCGAAAGAACUACGAAGGCCCCCACAUCGACUCGGAAGCGCUGGGCAAGGAGGUGGUCGAGGGCGUCAGGGGUGAAAGUAAGCCGUCAGGGAUCGAGACGAUCGAUUCUAAGGCUGUGGAGCAAUAA